AAUCCCAAAGACCCCCUCUCCUUCUCUCUCUCUCUCCCUCACAAAACGAAGCUCUGUAAGGCCCCAGUAAUGGCUGCUGAUGUGAGCUCUCUGUUUCGGGUUCUUAGUGGGUACAGCGACGACCAACAUCUGAGCGUUGGGAGUGAUUCUAGUGGUGAGAAAUCAACGGCUCUGAUUACAAGAGACUUGCUUGGUGGUAGUGGGUCGUCUUCUUCCAAGCUUCCCAACGACUCCCAGGAACUGGACCUCGACUUACAGGUCCCCAAUGGCUGGGAAAAGCGCUUGGACUUGAAGUCAGGGAAAGUGUAUCUUCAAAGGUGCAGUGCCCAAAAUUCACAUUCAAACUCAGAUCAAAAGAGCCAAACCAAUCGAACAGUUCCAAAGAUGCAAGAUUUGAACUUCCCUCCAUCGGCGUCGUCGAAAAUCCCACUAAAUCUCUUUGAUGAAACCAGCACUAACCUUGAUUUGAAGUUAGUUUCAUCAUCACCACCACCCUCAUGCAAUUACCAGAGCCUAUGCACUUUGGACAAGGUAAAAUCCGCCCUCGAAAGAGCAGAGAAGGAGCCGAUCAAGAGGCGGUCUUCGUCCAUGUUGAAGUCAUCGAUGUCAUCUUCGCCAACUUACUCAUCGUCGUCGUCACCCAUCAAAGAAACUCAGGAGGAGGACAGUGAGGACAAGCAAUUUGCAUCACCAUUUGCAGCAGGGUGCCCUGGUUGCUUAUCUUAUGUACUGAUCAUGAGAAAUAACCCUAAAUGUCCUCGGUGCAAUUCGGUUGUUCCGCUGCCAACGGUGAAGAAACCUCGGAUCGAUCUCAACAGAUCAAAUUGAGAGGAAGAGAAGACUUGUUCAUCGUGCUUGAUAUGAUUUUUGUAUAUGAUAUUCUACAACUAGUCUUUUUUCUUUGAAGAAUUAGAUCUGUUAGCCCUAUAGAAGAGUAUAUGUACAUUCAAAAGAUUGGUUGCUUUUUCUAGCAUAAUUUACAUGACUCGUAUCAGUUUAUGCCUUCA